ACAUAUGAAAAUUGCAAAUUUAAAUGAAUAUAGAACACUCUUUUACUAAUCUUUAAAUCCAUGCCUGUUUUUGUAGACUUUGUUUUGUUGUAACAAAUAUAUCUGAUUACAGUAUCUAAGAGAACAGGUUAUCGUCACCUUAUUCCUCUGCUUAAUUUACCAUGAAUAAUUAAAAACCUGACACCUUUGCUGGCAGUGACAUUGUGUCUGACACCGUCUUGCUGGUGAUGACCUCACCUGUCUAUGAACUCAAAAAACAUCACAGAUCUCGAGUAAAUAAACCUUCGUUCCACGUGCACGGACUGCAAGUGACUGGAGCUGUCCGUGGUUCUGGAUUAUAACACGAACAUAAAUCAAUCAAAUAAUGGCUGAGAAAAUGCUGCCAGCCCAAGAGGCUGCCAAAAUCUACCACACCAACUAUGUGCGAAAUGCCAGAGCCAUCGGUGUCCUGUGGGGCGUUUUCACCAUAUGUUUCGCUAUUAUUACUGUAGUGGUCUACAUUCAGCCUUACUGGAUUGGUGACAGUGUUAACACCCCGCAGGCUGGAUACUUCGGACUCUUUCACUACUGUAUUGGCAACCCCAUCACAUCUGAAUUGGUCUGCAAGGGAAGCGUUUUCGACUUUGGUUCAAUCCCAUCUGGGGCUUUCAGGACUGCUAUGUUCUUCGUAGGGUGCUCGAUGCUGCUUAUUGUGGGCACCAUCGUAUGUUUGGGUCUUUUCUUCUUCUGCAACGCUGGAAGUGUGUACAAGAUAUGCGCGUGGAUGCAAACAGCUUCAGCUGCUUUGAUGGCGAUGGGCUGUAUGAUUUAUCCGGAUGGGUGGGAUGCUCCAGAGGUGAAGCGAAUGUGUGGUGAGAGGACAACAAAGUACACGAUUGGAAACUGCACCAUACGUUGGGCCUACAUUUUGGGUAUCAUCAGCAUCCUGGACGCAGGGGUACUGGCACUCCUUGCUUUUACUCUGGGCAACCGGCAGGACAAUCUGCUGCCAGAGGACUUCGAGGUGGAAAUUGGAAACGACAGUGCGUGAAUAAAGAGCACAGCCACAGACAGAAUAAGCCAUAAUCCAUCCAACACAAACCUGAAUUAAAAUUAAGAACGGGACCACAGCGAUGUGAAAAUAAAGUGUCAGCCUAUGUUUGAAUACAUGUUUAAGUGUUUGUUUUUAUAUAGAAAAUAUUAAAUUAAGUUUUACAGA